AACAUUUAAUUGACAUGGAUCAAUCGGACCCAAGUCAGCAACAGCAUGCUGGAGCAGCAGGAAAUCAAAUGGGGGCUUACGGUUCUUCUUCCCAGCCGUAUCCAUCUGGUCCAGUUCAACCUCAAGCCGGUUUCGCUAACCCGCAGUACCAGCUAGCAUACCAGCAAGCCCAACAGUUCCAUCACCAGCAUCAGCAUCAGCAACAACAUCAACAACAACAGCAGCAUCAACAGCUUCAAGCUUUCUGGGAAAACCAAAUGCAAGAGAUCGAACAGACUGUGGAUUUCAAGAACCAAAGCCUCCCACUGGCUCGUAUAAAGAAGAUAAUGAAGGCUGACAAGGAUGUGAGAAUGGUCUCUGCUGAGGCUCCUGUUAUAUUAGCAAGGGCGUGCGAGAUGUUCAUACAGGAGCUGACUCUGCAGUCGUGGCAACACACUGAAGAGAACAAGAGAAGGACUCUGCAGAAGAGCGAUAUCUCUGCUGCCAUAUCGAGGACUGAUGUUUUCGACUUUUUGGUUGAUGUUAUUCCUAGAGAUGAACUGAAGGAGGAGGGACUUGGUGUGACUAACACUACCAUUCCUACGGUGGUGGACCCCACCGCAGCAGACUCGAUGCCUUACUACUAUGUUCCGUCUCAGCAGCAGCCCGUUGGUCCCCCUGGGGUGAUUAUGGGAAAACCGGUUGAUCAAGGUCCGGUGGUGUAUGGAGGUCAGCCUGUGGCCUUUAUGCCAUGGAAUCCAAGUCACCAACAUCAGGCUGACCAACAGUAGAGAGCAUCUAAUGAAAUAGGUUGUUUGUACUUUGUUUUUCUUGUGUUUGUGUUUGUAUUUCAAAUGUUGUUUCAAGUGCAUCUGGUUACUUGAUGUCCUGUUUAUGUUAAUUUUCUUAAACCAAAGGCUCCAGCUCCAAUAUUUAAGACCU